UAAGUGUUUAGUAUGUUUGUUAAAAGUUUCAAAUUAAUAAUUCGCAAUAAAAACGUUAUUUAGACAAAUUAAUUAGAAAAGACGAAAGGUUCUCAAUAGAACUUAAAUAAUUCACUUCAAGUAUAAAAUAAAAAAUAUCACAAAUGUUUAUCAGAAAUCAACAUACAUUGCUAGAUACUACCAGCAGUAGCAGUAGUAGCACAAGCAGUGGAGGAGUAGUUGGAAGUGCCAGCAGCAGCAGUAUAGGUGAGAGCGGUAGCGCCGAACUGCUUUGCAGUUCCGGAAGCGGUCCUUCUGCUGCUUGUGAUGAUUGUAAUCCUACCACAAGUAAUAAUGAAACCGGAAAUAACAAUAAUGCAAAGAAAAAUCUUAAUCUGAGUUUGACCUUAAAUAACAAUAAUAACAACAAUAAUAACAAUAAAAAGCUUAUAAGUAGCAUUGGUGGUAUUGGUGGCAGCAUUUGGCGUUCAGUUACUUCUGCUUCCACAACCUCUUCAUCGACUUCAUCAGCUUCACCAACUUCAUUGUCUACUGGUAGCACUUCAAGUGCCACAGUGGAACGUUCUAAACAUUUAUUGAAAACUGUUUACUCUAGCGGUGCUAGUUUGGACGGUACCUUUUUUGGCAGCGGUGGAAGGGAUAGCGUUGGAGACAAUAGUGCUAUCAUAAAAAUGGACGAAGAUUCUAUGGAAGAGGAAGCAUCUAACACAUUCCUCAGUUCCGCAGAUCCUGAUGAUGAACUCAUUAAAAAACUGCCAAAAGAAAUCCUUUUACGUAUAUUUUCAUACCUGGAUGUGGUAUCUUUAUGCAGAUGUGCACAAGUAAGUUAA